AGCCCCUCUGGCUCAAGCCACUUUGGCUCAGAGAGAAUCUCCAGGUGGCCUCACCACCCAGGGCGCACCGGUCAGCAGCAGGAGCCUCGGCCAUGGCCUCCCGCAUUCCCACCGUGGACGGCGAUCGGGCCGCGCUCGACGAGAGCGAGUCCGAUCCCGGCGAGGCCGCUCCGAGCAGCGCCUCGCGUCCGCGGCGGGCGUGGGCCGUCGCGGCGGCGUCGGCGGCUGCGGGCUUGGCCUUCGCCCUGCUCCUGGUGGGGGCCCCCGGGCGCCCGGUGCGGUCCACGGGCUCCUCGCGCGAGGCCCUCAUCACGGAGGCCGAGCAGCCGCCCGAGAGGAAGGCGCUGGUGAUGCUCCCGGGCAUGGGGAAGGAGCCCGGGGCGUCCGAGGGCAGCGAGAAGCCGCAGACAGCCGAGGACCUCAUAGCGGAGGCCGUGGGGCUGGGCAAGGCCGCGGACGACGCCAAGGAGGCCGCGAAGAAGCGCGGCGAGCUCGCCGAGGGUCAGGUGAAGCAGGCGCAGCAGGCGAUCCAGGACGCCAAGGAGUCGAUCCAGAAGGCGAAGCAAGGCGUCAAGGACGCGGAGGCCCAGAUCAAGGAAGGCAAGGCUUUGCGCGAGCAGGCGCUGAAGGAUGCCGAGGAGGGUUCCAGGCAGCAGGAAAAGGCAGAGGGCGACCUUGUUGCGGCGAAGAAGGACCUCGACGGUGCCACCAGCGAUGAGGCGAAGGCGCGGGACCAGAAGACCGCUGCCAAGGAGGCAGAGGAGGCUUCCCUGCAGAAGGCCGCGAGCGGCCGCGCCUGCGUUGACCUCCCUGGGGUGAGGAUGCGCCCUGGGGCCAGCGAGAACGAGUUCCGCCGCCAGGUGGAGCCCGACUGGUACCCAAAGAUGGACAGCAUGGCGGCCUGCACGGAGUGGUGCAAGUCGCACCCCUCUUGCAUUCAGGCGACCUUCUCCUACGUCGGUGUGCCAGAGGGCGGCAGUCCGUGCCACCUGUUCGAGGAGCGCGGCGAGAUCUACGACUUCCGCGACGACUUCAACGCCUCGUGGUGCGGCACCUUCGAGCAGACCGACUACCUGGUUGGGGAGGUCAAGAAGGUUUUCGAGCAGAAGCCCUGGGUCGGGGACAACUUCGGUGCCGUCCCGUGUGGCUUCGGCGGCGACGAUUGCCAGCAGAGCAAGUGCUGCGGCUCGCAGACGUGCACGUGGGACUUUAGCAAGUGCGAGUACUUCAAGUGCAUCCGGAAGGACGAGAACUUCGCCGGCUGCGCUGCGGAGCCAGAGGGUGGUUGGGACGGCGAGAUCCUUGGUUACGGACCCCCCGAUGAGGACCUCCCCGCCGUCGAGGAUGGGAAGCUGGCCCACCCGACCUCCCUCUUCUGCUUUGUGGUGAUGAUGCCUGGGGCACGCGCCUCCGCCGGGGUGCAGGAGGACGAGGGGGCGCUGGUGGCGACCAUGAAGGAGACGUCGUCGAGCGUCUACUCUUGCGACGAGCAGCUGGUGAUCGAGGGCUGGGUGAGCUCAGGCUCUGAGGCGAAUAUCGACGCUUUCAUCCAGUACUGGGGCAAGGUGAAGGAGGACGGCCGCUACAUGCUGCACGACUGGGUGAUCAAGGCCGACGCAGACUGCGUCUUCAUGGCGGACCGUGUCAAGGCCCAUAUCAAUCAGUUCAAGCCGCCCGCUGGCGCUGCCGUCUACUUCAGGAACACCGCGUUCAGGUUCAACUUCAUGGGCGCCUUCGAGAUGAUGAGCCGGGAGGGCGCCCAGGUGUUCUUCGAGAACAACUGGCAAUGCGACGCGAAGAUCGGCCAUACGGGCGGAGAGGAUUAUUGGAUGAAGCUGUGCCUUGAUACCCUGGGCCUCCGGCACAUCUCUGACUACGCCCUGCUGUAUGACAAGUACGCCGCGCAGAAUGAUUGCGAUGACUCUUGGGCCGCAGCCUUCCACUUCUACAAGACCCCCGAGCAGGUUAAGAGCUGCCUGAAGGGAAUCAGCAGGUGAUGGCACCUUGCGCGAUCGCCGAUCGCUCACAGCUCAGAUUCUAUGACAUAGAGCUCUCUCGCUUACUCUCUCUCUCUCUCUGUUUUUUGUGCUUGUCUCUCUCUCUCUGUCUCUCUCUCUCUCUAUAU